AUGGCGGGACACCUGGCUUCCGACUUUGCCUUCUCGCCCCCACCGGGAGGUGGAGGUGAAGGGCCUGGAGGGCCAGAGCCAGGCUGGGUUGACCCUCGGACCUGGCUGAGCUUCCAAGGCCCUCCUGGCGGGUCAGGAAUUGGGCCAGGGGUUGGGCCAGGCGCUGAGGUGUGGGGGAUCCCCCCAUGCCCCCCACCGUAUGAGUUCUUUGGAGGGAUGGCAUACUGUGGACCUCAGAUUGGAGUGGGGCUGGCGCCCCAAGGCGGCCUGGAGACCUCUCAGCCGGAGACAGAGGUGGGAGCCAGGGCGGAGAGCAACUCCGAAGGGGCCUCCCCUGAGCCCUGCGCUGUCCCCGCUGGUGCCGUGAAGCUGGAGAAGGAGAAACUGGAGCAAAAUUCGGAGGAGUCCCAGGACAUCAAGGCUCUGCAGAAAGACCUCGAGCAAUUUGCGAAGCUCUUGAAGCAGAAGAGGAUCACCCUGGGAUAUACCCAGGCCGAUGUGGGGCUCACCCUGGGGGUUCUCUUUGGAAAGGUGUUCAGCCAAACAACCAUCUGCCGCUUUGAGGCUCUGCAGCUCAGUUUCAAGAACAUGUGUAAGCUGCGGCCCCUGCUGCAGAAGUGGGUGGAGGAAGCUGACAACAAUGAAAAUCUACAGGAGAUAUGCAAAGCAGAGACCCUUGUGCAGGCCCGAAAGAGAAAGCGAACGAGUAUUGAGAACCGAGUGAGAGGCAACUUGGAGAACAUGUUCCUGCAGUGCCCAAAACCUACGCUGCAGCAGAUCAGCCACAUUGCCCAGCAGCUCGGGCUUGAGAAGGAUGUGGUCCGAGUGUGGUUCUGCAAUCGUCGCCAGAAGGGCAAACGAUCUAGCAAUGACUACUCUCAACGAGAGGAUUUUGAGGCUGCUGGGGCUCCUUUCUCAGGGGGACCUGUAUCCUUUCCUCUGGCACCAGGGCCCCAUUUUGGUACCCCAGGUUAUGGAGGCCCUCACUUCACUACACUGUACUCCUCGGUCCCUUUCCCUGAGGGUGAAGCCUUUCCCUCUGUGUCUGUCACCACUCUGGGUUCUCCCAUGCAUUCAAACUGAGGUGCUGGCCCUUCCCAGGAAUGGGGGGCAGAGAAAGGGGGAGAGCUAGGGAAAGAGAGGCCUGGGAUUUUCACCAGAGCUUUGGGAGUAAGUUCUUUAUUCACUAGGAAAGAAUUGGGAACACAAAGGGUGUGGGGGCAGGGAGUUUGGGGGAACUGGUUGGAGGGAAGGUGAAGUUUAAUGAUGCUCUUGAUUUUAAUCCCCACAUCACUCAUCACUUUGUUCUUAAAUAAAGAAGCCUGGGACACGGUAGGUGGGUACUUUUGUCUUUGGUUUAUCCCCUUUGGUGACUGGAGGGCGUGGGGAUGGGGAUGCCCAAUAGUGCAUAUUAACAGGGUCAUUAAUGCAAAUGACCCUGAGACCAAGGGGCCAUGUGGACUGCUUACAGGGAUACAUGCUGUUGGGGAGACUUGGUGUUGGAACCUGAGUUAAUUUGUAGAGGGGCCCUUAGAGGUGUGAGCUGUCACUUGAGGCCUAGGGCAGUUUAAGUUGAGUGCUUUACUUCUGCCCACACAUGCAAUUAUGUAGGCCCAUUCCCUGGUAGGAGCUGGCUUUUGCUUUCCUCAUUCAAAGUUCUCAGUGGAUUUAUAUUGAGAAAUUAAGGUUUAGAUGCUUGUUUCUGUGUACCGUUCCCAGCCAGAAACUCCACCUUGCGCAUUCUUGAUACCAGGGUCCCUUUGAUUUCCACAUAGGGUUUUUGCCUACCCUGGCCAGGAGUGAUUCACCAAAGACCCUCACUUUAAGUCUAGGCUCUGCCACGAUGUGGUUGGGGCCCUGCUGUGGAACGGUUCCUUGAUGUGGAAAAAAUCCAUUGGUGAAUCUAAGUAGGAAUAGAAGGGAAUGGACAUGGAGGUUUGCAAUAUAAGAUCAAGAUAAGACUUUACUCUAGAAACGCUGCUUUGACAGGAUCUUGAUGUGGUGGAAGCCUCAUAGAACAAAGUGUACUGUACAUGGGUUUGGCUGAUCCACACUAGACCUGGUCAGCACCUGCUCUAGCUGGGGUACAGGUUUUCUGUUUUCUCUGGUAGUCUGGUAAAGUUUGUAAAAAUUCUAUCAUCCUCAUGAACUGGACCAGACUCCUCUUACCUUACUUUAAUAGCAGUGGAAUGCUUUUCCUUUAAAAUAGAUACCAUAAUCACCUUUUUUCCCAUCUCCUACCUCAGCUCAUUUCAUGUAUUUGUACCUUUUCAAUGAUUGGGUUCCUACUUUUCU